GGGGUGAACUAUUUCGUGUUGAAACGUAGGGAAGAGUGUCGUUUCCGUUAGCUUUUACAGAUUAGACGCUGUAGCAUAAGCUAUAUUACGAGCAGCUGUGACUUUGGUCAACUUUCUAUUCUUCUUCCUCCUCAAUAUUGUCAGAAUAACUGAAUCUAACACGACCCAAAAUAAAGUACAAAAGUUUUUUUUGACAAAACUACUCAUUAAUACACUAAAUAGUUAUUUCUAAAUAUUAUUUGUUGUAGCAUCGAUUAAAUUGCAACAGUAAAGCACAAUAGGUGCAACACUAUACACGGCAAAACAGGUUGAAUAUUUACUUUUGUUUUGUAGGUAAAUCGUGAAUUUGGCUGUGUCAUUCUGUACGCACUGCGACAAACCGGCCUUCUUUUUUUAAGGUGCCACAAAACAAUAAGGACAGGAUGCAAUAGGUUUUAGAGCUCAAUCUUGGACAUUUCCGUUGCGAGGAUCAGAGCAAUGCAGGUUUACAGCCUCGAAAGGAAUGAAACAAAGCAAGCCUGGAGAACUGGCUAGACGUCUGGGCUAAAUUACUUUAUUGUUUUAAUUGGGGGGCAACGCUUGAGCUUCCUACAAAAGGGGGUUAUUACACUUGUUUUUUGGUCUAAGGGUCCACUACAAACGCGUCUACCCUUUCCUUUAUCACACCCCACCGCACCGGUCAAUGGAGAAGGCGAGUAGGAAGCACUUGAAAAGCCUGAAUCUCAACAACACAGUCGUCGUCUAAAUGUUGGCGUUACAUUUAACAUUAUAUAGAAACACAUCUCAAAGGCUUUUGAAUUAUAUAUUUUUGUGUAUAUUAUGACAUUGUGUGGCUUUAGAAUUGUGUUCGUAUGUAUGUAGCAUAGUACAAAAUACAAACAAAAUGUUUUCAUUCGCAUAAUUAGUAAAUUAAUUGCAUCUGGGUUUAAAAUAUAUAUUACUACUAUUUAAUGUUGCCUAGGUGUAUGUUUUUUUAUUUAUUUAAUAAUCAAUUACAAUUAAACCUACGUUUAUUUAUCACAUACGCGGCCGUUCAUAGUACAGCGAGCAGCUUUAAAAUAUUAAUGUUAAAAUUAAAAGUAAAUAUUAAACUAUGCUUUUCUUUGACAGAAUCCGUUCAUAUUGAAAAUCAUAUUUUUCACUGACUGUCUUUUCUUUAGAAGUCCUCUCGAAUUGUACGCAUCUAGUCGAAUGACAGUUAAUUUCAACUGCAGCCUUUUCAAAAAGUCUUGAUGUGUAAUGGCGCUUGGAUUUUGAUCUGUCAAUUAAAUGUUUAGGAGUCAUUAGUUUCACACAAAAAUAAAGUUCAGGCACACCAAAACUCUUUAGGAAUUUUGAAUGUUAUAUGAUAUACAAAAGCAUAUUCCCAAUAUAGAUGUAACCAUGGGGCUGUUAUCUGAAGGUAUUGCAACUAUUUUCUGAUGUCUCAUAUUUUAGAGCCUCACAUUUAUAUUUAACACACACCCGAAGGCUAUUGAUGUCAGCAUUAAAGUGCUGCUAGCAGACGGACAAACGGGCAGUUAAUGAAAUCUAACUUCCUGUGAAAAAUCGUUGUUCUGAGCAGGAACAGUUAAAUAAAAUGAACGCUAGAUGUCGCUAGCCUUCCACCAAUGGUGUGUAUCUUAGCUCAAAACCCUGGGCCUUACCAUAGAAGUUAUCUUAUGAUAGCUCACCAGGCAGAUGUCAUUGCAGAUCCGAGUGUUCCCAGUAAGCUGAACCCAUUCAUACAAAGGUAAUAAUAUGGUAAGAUAUGGUAAAGUUGGUUUUGAUACAUGCACUUUAAUUUCGUUAUGCAAUGUAAAGGAAUUGUGCAACAUUUGGGGCUGGAUAAAAAUGCAGGAAGAUACAUUAUUCUCAUUAAUCCAAAGGGAUGUAGUCUUCAAACAAUACAUUAAAUUAAAUUGCAGCUAAAUUACUUGGUCUAAAGUGAAUAGGCUAGUAUCUGAAAGUAAACUUCAAACACAUGCUGUUCUUAUUAACUCAAUGCUCUACAAGGAUAACCUAGACGCCUGUUAUUAUUAAAUCAAGAAUAUUAAUAGGACUUUAUCUGCUUUUUUUGAGAAAGUACUGUCCACUGUCCUGGAAAGCAUUUUGUUCUAGAUUUUGGAGCAUUGCUGUAAGAAUUUGAUUCCAUUGAGCGAAAAAAACUUAAUGAGGUCGGGAUGUUGAGUGAUCACCACCCUAUCUCAUCCCCAACUGCCCAACAUAUUUUUGGAGAGAUCGUCAUAAUUUAAGAAAACACGGUUCCACUGCUCCACAGCUCAACGAUGGAAGGUAUUAAACCCACGCUUGCAAUUAGGUAUAGUAUCAAUCUUUACAUUUAUCUGCUUCAGUGAGUCAUAUUGUAAUGGAAAUACAGGGACUAUAAAUGUUGUGGUAAACAUAUGUAUCAGCAGGUUGAAUGCAUUUAUCAACGGUGUCCACAAUCAUUAGGGCAUAUUGCAUUUUCCGGUCCAAAUGGGUAUUUUAACCUAAACAGAUAAAUGAAAACCAAAAUUGAAGCAAAAUUCCUUUCUGUAAAUGAAAUAGACUAGUAUAUAUAAAUAUAUGUCUAAGACAGUAGAUGCAUGCUUAUUGGUUAUACAUAAUUCUUCAUGUUUUUGUCUUUUUUGCCAAUUAAACAGCAUUCGCAAACGCACAAACAAUAACCCAUUUUGACCACAUUUGAAUCAGUAACAGUAACUUAUUGUGAAGUAAUAAAUCUUGUCUAAGUAUAAUGCAAAUUAUAUACAAUACAAAUAAUUGCAUUUGACUUUAUAGAUUAGCAUGCAAAAAGUUUUAUACAUGCUUGUUGAUGCUACCAGUUGAAUACUUGAUCGCACUAUCACAUAUACUCCAGCAGAGGGCAACAUGCUUGGUCUCACAAACACUGAAUAAUCAACAGUUAACAGGUUUGAUAAAAAACAAUUACAAACCCUAGUAUUUCUUCAGUCACAUUUAAAAACCAUUAGUAACCAGUCACCUGAUAUAACAAUUUUAUUAAAAAGAAAAAGCUGAAAAGAAAAAAAAAGAAGUCAAACUUUAUUACAAUAUAUACAUCAUAUUUUAUUAAUUGUAUGCAUUUAGCAUAUAGGCAAGGGAGAACAGUACUGUGAACGCAAGUACAAGAAGCAUUUCACAGCUUCUGAAUGCCCUUUGCAGGACAAUGUAAAAACGUUUUUAUCUAGAUAUUGUGUCUAUGUCUAGACACGUCUUCCGACUUUUUAUUAUAAUAAUAUUGAUUAGAGAGUUACAAUUGUAAUGAGCAGUAUAGGACUUAACGCUGCCAUAGCUUAUUCCCUCGCAAUUACACAUUUUAUUCAAUACAUUUGCUUUUCCACCAUCAAUGUAAGCUGUUUUAUAAGUUACGGGUGUAAUAUCUUUGUGUUUUACUCGGUUUUACCCGGUGAAGCACUAAUCAAAGGUAUAGCAUAAAACAACAGGCCUAGCCCAUUAUUAAAGUAGUUUUCCAAAUUUACACUGCAUGUGCGCGAAACACCCUGGAAUGCAUACACCUAAUAAUAGUAAAAUAAAAAGGAUUGUUAACUUUAUUAGAUAUACUCUUGUAACUUCAGAUAACUAAUGAUAUCAAAGAUGUAAGACAAAUAGUCACACGUAAACCAUCAACUGAAGAAAAAUCUGAUUUUUUUAAAAAUUAUUAUUACUGAUGUAUCAUUGGGGUGUUCGAUUUUACCCGGUCAAUCAAUAACCAACGUUAUGUCAUUAAAACAAUAGAUUUAGUGCAUUAUUACAGUAGUUUUCCAAAUUCAAAGUACAUGUAGAUACAAAUGCCUUUAUGUGGAAUCUCUGUGGAAUGCAUAAAUUGAAUGAAACAUGCGUACACGUAGUUAUUGUAUCUUUGUAUCCAAUAGUACAGUGUUUCAUCACAUACAUGAGAAAAGCAGCCUCACAUGAACAAUCAACAACAGAACCUAGGUAACGUUGAUACGGCGUGGAUUCAAGGCUCGCUCUGCUCAAGGUAGACGUCUCAGAACGCAACAAGGAGGGGAGGGGGUUGAAGGUUGUCGAGGCAAAGGGGGGGUUGCGGGGCUCAGACACCGUUUGUGGCUGUCUGAAGAGCUAACCAGACCGAGCUAGCCCUCAUCAACCCAUUGACGACAUUAACUGGAUUAAGGAUGGCAAAUGGACAAUAGGAGGCAAAUGAGCCACCAGACAUAACCGGAAGGUAGGGAGGAAGCACGAACACUGGUUUGGUUUUUCGUGGCUCAGAGCAGAAGGCUGCCUUGACUCACCUUUUUUGUAAUUGGUGGCACGUUUGGUGGUGCGCUUGCAUGAGUUUUGGAGCAGAUCUGGGCUAGAACUCGAAUGUCACCUUGUUGUUUAGGAGCACAAACACUUCUGGGACAAAGGACACAACACAAGACAUGAGCACCUAUUUUGUAAACCCGUUGUAUUCCAAGUAUAAAGGCAGCGAGAGGCUGGAACAAACUUACUACGACUGCCGGUUCCCUCAGAGUGUCACCCGGAGCCAUGCCAUAGUGUACGGGGCUGGGUCAGCCGCUCCGGGCUUCCAGCAUGCAUCCCACCACGCUCCGGAUUUCUUCCACCACGGCACACCAGGACUGGCGGCUGCAGGCUAUCAGCAGAACCCCUGUGCCCUGGCGUGCCACAACGAUGCCACUACGUUUUAUGGCUACGAGGCAUUUCCGAGGCAAACGCUUUAUGGGGCUCAACAAGAGGCAAGCGUGGUGCAGUACCAAGACUGUAAAUCUUCAUGUGGCACCCAUCUAGGAGAACGACAAGGCCAUUUGAAUCAGAACCCACCCGGUCUUAUGUUCCCUUGGAUGAGACCUCAUGCUCCGGGAAGGCGUAGCGGCCGCCAGACUUACAGCCGUUACCAAACCCUGGAGCUGGAGAAAGAGUUCCUGUUCAACCCUUACCUGACCCGCAAGCGCCGCAUCGAGGUGUCGCACGCACUGAAGCUGACAGAGCGGCAGGUGAAGAUAUGGUUCCAGAACCGGCGCAUGAAGUGGAAGAAGGAGAACAACAAGGACAAAUUUCCGGGUCAGAGGGGCGAGACAGAGGCGGAGGGUGAGGGAGAGGGUGAGGGUGGUGAGGGAGAGCCGGAGGAAGCCGACGCUGAGGGGGAUGAGCAGCAUAAAAAGGAAACUGCGGAGGAAGAAGAGUCUAAAGAAUGAUUUUAUGGCCUUCGUUUUAUGGUUAUAUGACUUCAAGUUGAGAUCCGAGUAAGUGUGUGAUAAAGAGAGAAAGAUAGAGAGACAUAGAAACACAUCGACAGAGAGAGAGAGAGAGAGAGAGAGAGAGAGAGAGAGAGAGAGAGAGAGAGAGAGAGAGAGAGAGAGAGAGAAAGAGAGACCACGUUUAACAACCAGUUUUUCUGGCUGAGAAAGUGGAACAAAAAUUAAACACACCAUAAAAGCUCUUCCGUCUUGUUAGAGGGAGAUCACCACAAUAAGUAAGAAAAACAUACACCCAGUCCUUGAUUUAGGAUUUUUAACCAAAAGACAUUGUUUAGGAUAUGCAUAUCCUAAACUGAAUUUACAGGUUUAAAUUUCAUACUAAAUGUUAAACCAAAUAUUACUACCAUGUUACAAAACCUUAUUUUGGAUUUUAAUGGGUAAAUCCAAACGAAAUUCCAAUGCUUGGGUCUUCACUUAAUCUGAGCCAAUUGUGUUAGUUUAGUUAGGUUAGUUAGUUUUUUAUUGAACAUAAACCCUAAUUUUUCUAACCGAUAACAAGUCAAAGAACCGCUGGGAUCAUCCCAGACAUACAUGGAAUUUAACCACUCCUAGUAAUAAUAAUAAUAAUAAUAAUAAUAAUAAUAAUAAUAAUAAUAAUAAUAAUAAUAAUAAUAAUAAUAAUAAUAAUAAUAAUAAUAAUAACUCUUGAAUUGUUACAAUUAUUAACUUUCGCACUAAAAUUUAACAAACCUUUAUAGGGACUUUAUAGGAACAAUUAACCGAAUCCUAGCCCUAUUUUUUUUAGACAUUUAGGUUUUACUGUCUUUCUCUCUUUCUCAAAUCAAAGUCAUUCUCACAUCACGAUAGACAAUUUUAAUGUUUUCAUUACUUUUUCAGUUGGUUAACUGUAAGUUUUAGAGAGGUUGUGUCUUUUUUACGGAAGUCGGUAUUAUAAUUAUUAUCACUCGAUUUUUGCAUGUGAUGCUACCUAACGCGGGAAGUUUGCAAUAUUCUGUUUAUGGCAGGUUUUAAAACAGAUUUUACACAACUAAUUUUUGUUCUUUCGCAAUUUUGUUUAUUUUUUUCUUAUUUUACUUGUAAAGUUCUCAUAUAAUCAUUUAUGUAGGUUCCUCUAUACCUAAGGUACAGAUAUUAGAGCUUAGUUACUUAAUUCUCUCUAAAAUUCAUUUAAUGUAAUAUUUAUGUAGAAACGUGAAGGGCUUAUAAAGUUCAACUUAAACUACCUAUUGACAUGCGUUUGGUGUUAUUAUUUAAACUUUGCAUCGACCAUGUCCUUAUAUCUGUUCUAUUAAAACUGUAGAAUGUUGAGGGGAUUGGCCUAAAUGUCUAAAGAUUUCUUAUAACUCCAUGUUUCGGAGAAAGUUGUCAUUCAGGAGAUAUUGGAUGGAUGUAAAAUGUGUUUGGUAAAAUAUCAAUUGUAACUCCAGUCACUGAAAUAUUUUUAGAAUUGUUUUCUAUACUUUCUGAGGAAACCUUAUUUGCGUACAUAUUUUAAACUGAGCUAUGAAUAAAAAUUAAAAAUCA